AUGUCACAGAUUUUAUCGCAAAAGAUUAAAGUAGCUUUGAUUCAAUUGAAUGGUUCUAGUCCAAAUAAGCUGGAUAAUUUAAAUAGAGCAGCCAAAUUUAUUGAAAUGGCCAUGCAAAAACAACCUGAUACAAAGAUUGUAGUAUUACCGGAAUGUUUUAAUUCACCAUACUCUGUAACUAAAUUUAGAGAAUAUGCAGAGGUUAUUGACAAUAAAGCUAAAUCACAGUCUAUUGAUUUCUUAUCAAAAAUUGCUUUAAAGUAUGGUAUAAUUUUAGUUGGUGGGUCUAUCCCAGAAAUCGAUCCUCAAACAAAUAAAAUAUAUAAUACAUCACCAAUUUUUAAUAGUAAAGGUGAUUUAAUCGAUAUACACCGUAAAGUACAUUUAUUUGAUGUUGAUAUUCCAAAUGGUAUAACUUUUAAAGAAAGUGAAACUUUGUCCCCAGGUAACAAAUUGACCACGGUUAAUACUCCUUACGGUAACGUUGGUAUUGGUAUCUGUUAUGAUAUGAGAUUCCCUGAAUUGACUACCAUAUCAGCAAGAAAACCGAAUAAUGCAUUUGCCAUGGUUUUCCCCAGUGCAUUUAAUACUGUUACGGGUCCUAUGCAUUGGCAUCUAUUGGCACGUUCUAGAGCUGUUGAUAAUCAAAUUUAUACAAUAUUAUGUUCCCCAGCAAGAAAUUUAGAGAGUUCUUAUCAUGCUUACGGUCAUUCUUUAAUAUGUAAUCCAAAGGGUGAAAUUAUCGCUGAAGCUAGUGAAGGAGAAGAAAUCAUCUAUGCUGAAUUGGAUCCAGAAGAUAUUGCAAAUUUCAGACAAGCUAUUCCAUUAUCAAGUCAAAGAAGAUUUGAUUUAUAUAAAGAUAUUUCAAAAUAA